UUACCGCCUCUCCAUCUGAUGCGUCUUCUUCUUCGCUCACAGUAUCCACAGCCUCAUGUUUGUCUGAAAUACUGAAAAUCCCUCGAAUUUCUGCAGCCAUAAAUCGCCGACGAAUCUUCUCAGGGUGAAGCUCUAUCCGUUUUUUUUGCUUCGUUUGCAAGUACACUGGAUUCGUAUGUGUGGGCAUUGUCAUGGAUUGUUCUUGAUUCGAUUGUACGGGCAGAGGGUUUUACAAUCGUCGCUGCCGAGGGAUUUCGAAAUACAGUUGUAAUUAGGUGAAUUUCGCGCUUUCCUUUGCCUAGUUUGUGUUGAUUUUUGGGAUUUUGUUGAGGGCGUGAUAUGUGUGUUGUAGCGGAAGGGGUUGAUUUGGAGAUUUAGUGAUGGUGUCUGCGAUUGACCCUGUGGAGUCCUUCUUUAAUUCGAUUCAGGUUGUUAAGGAUGUGCUUUCUCCGCUUGAAUCUGGUAUAAGGAAGGCAGCAAAAGACCUGGACCGUAGUUGGCCGGGCUCCAAGAAACGGGCCAAUAACAGCCUUGAAGUGGGGGUUGGAGCUAACAGUGGGAACAAGGGUCAGAUUUUUUCUGUGAGCAAGAAGUGUUGUAAAUGUGUGGUUAAUGAUGAGAGGAUGAAGGUUUUGUCAGUAAGGGUUCCGAUCAAGGCUUUCUUGGGAAUUUGUUCGCAAAAUUGUGGGAGUUGUAAUGGACAUAAGAUUGACACUUCAGAGAAAGGUUUGAAACAUGAGGUUGGUAAUGAGGAUGGGACUUGCUCGAGUUGCUUCAAGUUUGCAGUCAGGUGGUCAUUGUUCUUUAAUGGUUUUGUUCAGGCUUUUCCUGCUCCUUUUAAAUCAAGUAAAAAGCAGUCCAUCAAAACAGGUGACAAGGACAAGAUUCAUACAUAUUCUUGUGCCCAUGCAUCCAAACCAAGGGUUUCACGAGAAGUGAAGAAAAUGGAAUCAACAGGCCAGUUUGUUACCACAUCGCAGAAUGAGGGUUUAAAACAUAAAGAAGGAAAUAAUUCAUCAAUUGAAGGCUUUAUAGCGUUUGUAGCUUUUGUUUGCAACCAAUUAACUCAAAAUCUUCACAAGUUUGAUUUAAAUGUCCAAGAAAGAGAACACAUCGGCUGUGAUUCGACUCCUCCUCCUUGUCUUUCCAAUCAGUUCGAUCAUUUGAGAGCAGCAAUAAGUAUCUUGGAAGGUAAAAGAGCAGAUGUUAAUGGGUUUCUGGGUAAUUUGAGGUUUGCAAGGGUGGGAGGUGUGCCAUCAAGUAUAAUGGGAGUUUCUUCUAUUAAAGAAGAGGGUGAUGAGGCUGUUACCAACAAUGGAGACACCAGCGGUAGUUCUCCACAGAAACAUGCUAAUGGAUUACUUAGUAUUCCAUUGUCAAAUGUUGAGCGUUUGAGGUCUACGCUAUCAACAGUUUCAUUGACUGAACUAAUUGAGCUUGUACCCUAUUUAGGGCGACAUUCCAAAGACCAUCCUGACAAGAAGAAGCUAUUCUCAGUCCAAGAUUUUUUCAGAUACACCGAAUCUGAAGGAAGGAGGUUCUUUGAGGAGCUGGAUAGAGAUGGUGAUAGCCAAGUCACUUUAGAAGAUCUUGAAGUUGCUAUUAGUAAGCGAAAACUGCCUCGGAGAUAUGCACGUGAAUUCAUGCAGCGUACUAGAAGUAAUUUGUUUUCAAAGUCAUUUGGUUGGAAACAAUUUUUGUCACUGAUGGAACAAAAGGAACCAACCAUUCUUCGAGCUUAUACUACUCUUUGUUUGAGCAAAUCUGGGACACUACAAAAGAGCGAAAUAUUGGCAUCUCUGAAAAAUGCUGGACUUCCAGCAAACGAGGACAACGCUGUUGCCAUGAUGAGGUUUCUGAAUGCAGACACAGAAGAAUCUAUCUCUUAUGGACAUUUUCGGAACUUUAUGCUCCUGCUUCCAUCUGAUCGACUUCAAGAAGAUCCUCGGAGUAUCUGGUUUGAAGCUGCUACAGUAGUUGCUGUUGCACCACCUGUGGAAUUACCUGCUAGUAGUGUCCUAAAAUCUGCAUUGGCAGGAGGCCUGUCUUGUGCACUGUCUUGUUCUUUAAUGCACCCCGUCGAUACAAUAAAGACUCAAGUGCAAGCAUCGACACUUUCCUUCCCUGAGAUAAUGUCAAAGCUUCCAGAAAUUGGAGUCAGGGAGUUAUACAGAGGCUCAAUCCCUGCAAUUCUUGGACAGUUUUCAAGCCAUGGUUUGCGAACUGGAAUUUUUGAAGCAAGUAAGCUUGUUUUAAUGAAUGUUGCUCCAACGCUUCCAGACUUACAGGUUCAAUCCUUAGCAUCAUUCUGUAGCACUUUCCUCGGAACAGCAGUACGGAUACCUUGUGAGGUAUUGAAACAAAGGCUGCAGGCUGGCAUUUUUGACAAUGUGGGCGAGGCAAUUGUUGGUACUUGGAAUCAAGAUGGUCUAAAGGGUUUUUUCCGUGGGACUGGUGCCACCCUCUUCCGUGAAGUUCCAUUUUACGUAGCAGGCAUGGGGCUUUAUGCUGAAUCCAAAAAGGUUGCCCAGCGUCUUCUUGGCCGGGAUCUGGAGCCCUGGGAGACAAUUGCUGUUGGGGCUUUGUCUGGGGGGCUAACUGCUGUAAUCACGACACCCUUUGAUGUAAUGAAAACUAGAAUGAUGACUGCUCCUGGGGGACAACAUGUGUCGAUGUCACUGGUGGCCAUCUCUAUCCUCCGUCAUGAGGGACCCCUCGGAUUAUUCAAAGGAGCCGUGCCCAGGUUCUUUUGGAUUGCUCCUUUGGGUGCCAUGAACUUUGCCGGCUAUGAACUUGCUAAGAAAGCCAUGGAGAGAAAUGAGGAGCAAGCUGCUGAGCAGCUCUGUCAGAAGAAGUAAACCAGUUCUGGGUAAGUUUUCUUUUAAGAAAAAGAUGGUAUAUACUCUACAACGUAUAAUCUUUGGUUCUUCUGACCAUAGCAUUUGUGCUGCCAAAAGUUUUGUGGUUUUUAUGAGUUUAUAGGGAGCAGUUUGGUCAAGUUUUAUUUGUCUUACCCCUCUCUGUUCGACAAUAUAGUUUCUUUCUAGUUUUGUUUUCUUGUUUCAACCAUCUGCAAUUGCAUGGGAUGCCAUGACGCGUUUUUAUUUAAUCUUGUAACACCCAACUUGUACAUUUAUGUGCAGUAAAACUGUGGUCAUCUUCCUUUUCUGCCGA